CUUGGAGGUGAUAAAAAAAAAAAAAAAAAGAACACCCGCCGGAAACAACAAAGAAUCAAUUUAUCUUCCUAUACCUGCCCGCACAGACCGCACAUAAACACCUCUUCAGCCAUGUCGAGGUGCCAGCAGGUUGGCAGGACGGUGACGAGAUGUCUGCGGCCUCAACAGCAUCUGGCCAUGGCCACCACAUCGAGGUCCAUAGCAUCUCGCUCCUUUUCAAGCACCGCUGGCCGGAGGGAUGAUGUGACCACCGCGGCGGUACCACCGCCAGAAAAGAAGAACGACAACCCUGCGAAAUCGCCAGCAGUUGCAGCAAGGACGAACGAAGCGUCGACCGCCGCAGCAACAUCACCACCUCCUGCUCCCGCUGCAGGCCAGGGAGCUCCGACCGGAAGUGGAAGCAGCAAUAGCCAACCCGUAGCCAGCACCGAUGGACCGAAAUUAGCACCGAAAGACCCAAUGGUUGGUUCACGGCGUAAGCAGGCUGCCAUCGCCAUCGCCGACCAGAGUAUCCCAUUUGCGCAGUUGCCGUUUCAAUGCUUUCAGGAGGCCCGCAAGGUCCUCCACGCCGACAGGCAGGAGAAGAUUGCCCAGAUCGUGCGCGAGGCGGCCAAGAUCAAGGCACUCGAGGCUAGGGACCCGGAGACAGUUACAGGUGGCGACCGUAUCAAGCAGAUGAGGCUCGAGAGCAUGCGCGAGUACCUGAAUAUGCUCAAGGUUCAGGCCGACAUCAAUGACCCAGAAGUCAAGAGAAGAUUUGAGGACGGCAUGGGUGACAUGAACAAGCCCGUGUACCGCCACCUGGCUGAGAAGAAGUGGCGUGGUCUUCCCUACCGCAUCAUCAAGCAGCGUAUCGAGCAGUUCUCCAUCAUUCCUGAUCUCCUUCCCAAGUUCGAGCCCGUCAUGGACGUCCAGAUGUCGUUCCGCCAGCGCAAGACCCCGCCCGGCACCGUCGUCGACAGCUUGACGUCGGAGAAGCCCCCGACCCUGCGAGUCCAGGUCUUCAACAAGGGCGAGCGCCUCGUGACCGUGGCUGUUAUUGACAACGAUGUUCCGGUCGUCGACAAGGAUGGAUUCGCCCGCCGCUGUCACUUCUUGGCCGCCAACAUUCCCAUCGACCCGACCACCAAAGCCAUUCCCCUGAUGAUGAUCCGCGAUGCAAAGAAGCACCUCGCCGUUCCUUGGCUGCCCCCUUUCGCCCAAAAGGGUGCUCCCAAGCACCGCCUGUCAAUCUUCAUCCUGGAGCAGAAGAACAACGAGGUCAUCGACGUGGCCAAGCUGCGCGAGGCUUACAUCCGCUCCAGCGACCCGGACCCUGCCAAGAACCCCAACAAGUUCUCUAUCAAGUCACUCAAGGACAAGUUCCCAGCCCUUGAGCCUGUCGGCUUCAACAUCUUCCGCACGGAAUGGGACGACUACACUGCCGACGUCAUGGCCCGCAACAACAUACCCGGCGCCGACAUCGAGUUCAAGCAUGCUCGCGUCCACUCGAUGAAGCCCGAGCGCGGCCCUCGUGGUUGGGAGGCCAAGAGGCAGGGUCCAAAGUACAGGCAUCUGUGGAAGUACACCCACCGUAUCGCUACGCCCAAGCGCAAGUUUGUCAAGUAGGCAACUCGGCGUGGCGUGUAUUGCAAACAUGGGCCCGCUCGGCAGCAGUCGCCUACGGGGCCCAGCUGUAUUUAUGUGUUUCUUGUAUAAUACUGUUAAAUACAAUGGAAAGAUAGAAAAAAAUAUUUGGCAUGCUACAUGCCAG